AUGAGAUCACAAGAAGAAGAGGCUGGAGAAAAAGGGAGGAGAAGGAAAGAAAACAUUCAAACUGAAGUUGAUGAUGAUGUUCUUAUCACACAAAUAAUGAAUAAGAUCCUUAGUAAUGUUACCAAGACUCAGAAACAAACAGAUGAUGUCGAGGAAGAAACAGAAAAUAUUGAGGAAUCUACUGUUAAAAGGACUCUUGCCACAAAUAACAAGAAGAAGAAUAAAGAAAAGAUUGAACAUGUUAAAGAAACUAUGAUAACUACCAAGAAAUCUGGAGCAAAAAGGAAAAAGGUUGAAAGUAAUCAUGCUAAGAAGAAUACUCUCAAGAGAAAACCGGUGACAGCUAGUGACUCUGAGUAUGAUGUUGAAGCAAAUGUCCUAGACAUCGUGUCCUCAACAAGGAAAAAGAUUGGUGGAAGGAAAAUUCAUGUUAAUGUUCAUGAUGCUCCACUGAACAAUGUGUCCUUUCAUACUGAAGGAAAUGUUAAAAAAAUGGAAUAUAUUUGUCAGAUAAGGGUUGCCCUUGAAAGAGAGAUAAGUAAGAAUGCUCUUGGAGGUCAUGAAGUUCUAAAAUUACUCAAGGAAUAUGGUUUAAUGAAAAUAGUGUCAGAUAUUGGACCAUGCUAUGAAAAGCUGAUUAUGGAAUUCAUUGUCAAUAUCUCUCUUGAGUGUAAUGAGGAAGGAAAUGAGGAAUUCAAGAAAGUGUAUGUUCGGGGUGUUGUGUGA